CUGGAGGCGGGGCCGGGGCACGGCGCGGGGCCGCCCAGCUGCGCGCUGCUCGGCGCUCCUCGGGGCUCUGCGCUCACAGGAGGAAGUAACAGGAGAACUGUCUGACAUCCGAAGGAAGGUAAACAGAGACCAGGAAGGCAAGGCAGGAAGUUCUGUGUGUCCAUGAAGACGGCAGGAGACAUACAGGGAAGGCUGGGUGGUUCGGCGGAGGCAAAAGGCGGUACGAACCCCAAGCAGCAGGCCUGGAAGCUGAAGCGAACUUGGCCGUGCCUGUUGGUUCCAGGAGUCCCUAUGGAUUAUGGCAGGAAAAGUGAAAUGGGUCACUGAUAUCGAGAAGUCCGUGCUGAUAAAUAACUUUGAAAAGAGAGGAUGGAUCCAAGUGACAGAAAACGAAGAUUGGAACUUUUACUGGAUGAGUGUACAAACCAUCCGGAACGUUUUUAGUGUUGAAACUGGCUAUCGGCUCUCAGACGAUCAAAUAGUGAACCAUUUUCCGAACCACUACGAGCUGACCCGGAAGGACCUGAUGGUGAAGAAUAUUAAAAGAUACAGGAAGGAGCUGGAGAAGGAAGGGAGCCCUCUAGCAGAAAAAGACGAAAAUGGGAAAUAUCUCUAUCUGGACUUUGUUCCGGUCACCUACAUGCUGCCUGCCGACUACAACCUGUUUGUGGAAGAAUUCAGAAAGAGCCCCUCUAGCACCUGGAUCAUGAAACCUUGCGGCAAAGCCCAGGGGAAGGGCAUCUUUCUGAUCAACAAGCUCUCGCAGAUCAAAAAGUGGUCCCGGGACAGCAAGACGUCUUCGUUCGUGACUCAGUCUACCAAGGAAGCCUACGUGAUCUCCCUCUACAUCAACAACCCGCUGCUCAUUGGCGGGAGGAAGUUUGACCUCCGCUUGUAUGUCCUGGUGUCCACGUACCGCCCGCUGCGCUGCUACAUGUAUAAGCUCGGAUUCUGCCGCUUCUGCACCGUGAAGUACACGCCGAGCACCAGCGAGCUAGACAAUAUGUUUGUUCAUCUCACCAACGUCGCCAUUCAGAAGCACGGGGAAGACUACAACCACAUCCACGGGGGCAAGUGGACCGUGAGCAACCUGCGGCUGUACCUGGAGAGCACCCGCGGCAAGGAGGUGACCAGCAAGCUGUUCGACGAGAUCCACUGGAUCAUCGUGCAGUCGCUGAAGGCCGUGGCGCCGGUGAUGAACAACGACAAACACUGCUUCGAAUGCUACGGGUACGACAUCAUCAUCGACGACAAGCUGAAGCCCUGGUUGAUCGAGGUGAACGCGUCCCCAUCUCUCACCUCCAGUACCGCCAACGACCGAAUCCUGAAGUAUAACCUGAUCAACGACACUCUCAAUAUCGCGGUCCCGAACGGCGAGAUUCCAGACUGUAAAUGGAACAAGUCACCCCCGAAGGAAGUCCUCGGCAAUUACGAAAUUCUCUAUGACGAAGAGCUGGCGCAGGGCGAUGGCGCUGACCGAGAGCUGAGAAGCCGUCAGGGUCAGUCGCAGGGGCCCAAGGGGGGCCGAUCGCGAGACUCGGGCAGAACCGUCCUCACCACCUGGAAGUGAGCACCAGUCGCCACGAAAGACGGCGAGCCAGACCUGCCGGAUACUCAGUGCACCCGGGCCCAUUUCAAAAUUUUCCUUUUUCUAGAGCUUUUUCCCCCCUUUCCUAAGCGCUGUAAAUAAAGGCACUUCUUUGGGAGGUUAA